AUGAGAAGUGAUUAUGAUUAUCGUAAUGUUGUAGGUGAAGAAUUUCAUACAUCCCCAAACACAUCAGUUAUUACUAAAAUCCCAAACUUGGAUAUUACUAAAUCAUUUAUAUUGGAUUAUAUGCAUUUAACCAAUCUUGGAAUAAUGCGUAAAAUGAUUUCAUUUUGGGUAAAUAAAGGUCCAUUAAAUGUGCGUCUUUCAGGGAGAAUGACUAAUGAAAUCACUGCACGGUUAUUAAACAUAAGACCUUCUGUACCUUGCGAAUUUUCUAGAAAGCCUUGA